AUGUUGAUAUUCUAUGAAGAACCAAAGAAUUUUAUGAAAGCCAAAGUGAAGAAGAAUUGGAUCAAUGCAAUGAAGGUUGAAAUUGACUCCAUCGAGAAGAACAACACAUGGAAACUUUUCCUCCCUCCUAAAGAUGCCAAACUCAUUGGCUUAAGAUGGUUGUAUACAACUAAAAGAAAUAUUGGUGGAUCAAUUACAAUGUACAAAGCAUGUCUAGUUGCUAAAAGCUACAUACAAGAUCAAGGUAUUGAUUUAGAUGAAGUUUAUGCAUCGGUAGCUCGUCACGAGACAAUAAGACUAUUGAUCUCUCUUGCAGCCGGGAACAUAUCGAAGAUUCAUCUCUUGGACGUAAAAAUGAUAGUUUUGUAUGGUAAUUAA